AUGUCCACCGGCUCCCUCAGCGAUGUGGAGGACCUUCAAGAGGUGGAGAUGUUGGAAUGUGACGGGUUGAAAAUGGAUUCGAACAAGGAAUUUGUGACUUCCAACGAGAGCACCGAGGAGAGCUCCAACUGCGAGAAUGGGUCUCCCCAGAAGGGCCGCGGCGGCCUGGGCAAGAGGAGGAAGGCGCCCACCAAGAAGAGCCCCCUGAGCGGGGUCAGCCAGGAGGGGAAGCAGGUCCAGCGCAACGCCGCCAACGCGCGAGAGCGGGCCCGCAUGCGAGUGCUGAGCAAGGCCUUCUCCAGACUCAAGACCACCCUGCCCUGGGUGCCCCCCGACACCAAGCUCUCCAAGCUGGACACGCUCAGGCUGGCGUCCAGCUACAUCGCCCACUUGAGGCAGAUCCUGGCUAACGACAAAUACGAGAACGGGUACAUUCACCCGGUCAACCUGACGUGGCCCUUUAUGGUGGCCGGGAAACCCGAGAGUGACCUGAAGGAAGUGGUGACCGCGAGCCGCUUAUGUGGAACCACCGCGUCCUGACCUUGGAGGUGCGAGUCUGGGAAAGGCGCGCUCCCGGGGGGAGCGGGCCCCGGGAAGGCGACCCCUGCCCUCAGUGCUCUCUGUCUCUGCUUCCCCCUCGCAAUGCUCCUCUCUCUGUCCCACCCCGCGAGAACACUUUACAACGACGAGGAGAUUCGUUUCCAAACCAGAGGAGAUCAAUUGUACUUACAAAGAUUGCCAUCUAUUUAACUUUAUUAACUUCUACCGUGAAUGACUCUGCAAGCCUUGCUGGUCCAAGUGCAAUAUGUAAUUAUAAAUAUAUAAAUAGAUAAGAGCCUAUCAAUGUAUCUUUUGUACAAUAUGUUGUAAAAUGUAGAUCAUAGGAUAGCUGACUUUGACAGUCACAUUUAUAAAGUAAUUCACUUAAAGAUAUAUAUUUUUUUCAAACAAGUUUUGCUACUUUUGAAAAUAAAUCUUUCUUUAUAUUGCUAAAAGCUCUGA